UUGUUAAAAAAAUAUAUAUAUGUACAAUAAGAGAAAAAAUAAAUAAAUGAGUGCAAAUGCCCUUACUUCGACCACCCAACUGGUUUGCUGGCAGUAACAUUGCAGCGUGCGUGACUUGCAGCUGAAAUCUAGUCGAGCAGUGCCGUGUUUCGUUCGAAAUUCAAAAGCUAACUUAACGCGAAUGAAAUGCACGAAAUAUGAGGUGACUGUCGAGAGCUAGUUAAAAAUACAAACCAAUUUGAAUUGAUAUCAAGAAAUUAAAAAAAAGGAAUUACGCACACUGUGCCGUUUUGCAUUUAUUUGUGGAACAUAUCAACAAGCAACAGCGCAAUCUAAUCAAAUUUCGGAUUAAUUAAAUUUUAAAAACUAGUGUCGAACCUUCUACUGCCAGCCCGGAAAAUCAUCGGCUAUAACUCAACAAACCCAACCAUAUAAAACUCUAGAAAAUAAUGUUUUUGCAAUCAACGAAACCACCGGAAAUAUAGCAGCCAAUAAUUGGAUAGAUUCAUACAACUUUUCUAAAAAUUAUCAAAUUAAUACUUAAAAACAUAAAUUUCCGAAAAAUGCAGCUUAAUAGCUUCUUCAACUGGUCGAUGUUUUGCACCAUCUUGUGUUUGUUUGUAGUAGAUUUCGUCAAUUCUCUGAGAGAUGUGCGCGUCAAGAUUCCACAUGCUGCGCGACGCGGCGAAAAGGUGACGCUAAAAUGCCUUUACGAUUUGGAGGGUGAUAGCCUAUACUCGGUGAAAUGGUACAAAGGACGCCGCGAAUUUUACAGUUUUACGCCAAAGGAAACGCCAGCCAUUAAAGUUUAUCAAAUCACAGGCGUGAGAGUUGAGCGUUCAGCUUCAAAUGAAAGCCAGUUGGUCCUGGACUCGGUCAGUGUCUCCACUACAGGCAAAUAUAGUUGUGAAGUGUCGGCGGAUGCGCCAUCCUUUCACACUGAGAUCUCGGCCGGUGAACUGGAAGUGGUUGAAGUACCGGGAAAAGAUCCCAUUAUCACAGGCAUAAGACCGAGAUAUCGCGUUGGUGACAUUGUACGAGGCAACUGUACGUCGCGACAUUCCAAGCCAGCAGCAAAUCUGACAUGGACAAUAAAUGGGCGAGAGACCAACCCCUCGCACAUACGACACCACAAACCACUGCGGGAGGCGCGCGAACUGGAGACAGCCAUUUCGGGUAUACACUUCGUCGUCACACCGCAACACUUCAGUGGCGGGAAGUUAAAGAUACGCUGCACUGCACACAUUCAUGACGUCUAUUGGAAAUCUACGGAAAAAUCUAUCGAGGAGGAGCGCCACAAGCACAACAUAAAUUCGGUUAAUUCUUUCUCAGAAGACUACUUUGAUUUGGAGGACGAACAUCUGGUUGAUCGUUCAGACACCUAUAUGACACAUAUAAAGGGUGCUGUCUCAUCCUUGAAUUCCAAUGGAGCUGCACAACAGCACAACUGUCACUGCCUGUCAUUGAUGAUGCGUUGGACAACACUGGUGCUGGCGGCUUGGUAUGCUCAGCAAUACCUCCAACAAUUAUGCCAGAAAUUGUUUGUUUGGCGAAAAACAAUGACGCCAACGGCAAUAAAAAUGCAAACAAAAGGAACGACAAUGGAAGGACAGCAAGAAAGGGCUAUAGUUGUUGCAGCCAAAGGCCAACGACUAAGUGGACCAAGUGCUGAUGAGGCAACUUCAAAUGUGACAGUAAUGAGAGUAACAGCAGCAACAACAACAAUUGCAAAAAAUACUAUUUGCCACGAUUGGACAGUCGCCGCCGAACAAACAAAACAUCGGACGCGAAAUGAAACGACGAAUUCACAAUUAAUAGAGAGGAUAAAUAUGCAGCGACAACAACAGCAACAGCGGCAAUGGCAGCAGCUGCAGCAACGACCAAACAGAGUUAAGUGCGAAAAAAGACGAGCAACACAAAAACAAACACUUCCAGUGCAACUACAAAAGCACUUGGGGCGUAAGGCGGCAACAUUGGCAACAAUACGACACACAAUUAAAGCGAAAGCAACAACAGCAACAGCAAAUGCGAAAAUGAAGCAAGUAAAUGCACCGACGACAACAACAUGAUUUAAUUGCCGUUAGUUUACUGUGAAUUCAAAAAAUAAAAUAAAAUAAAAAUGAAAAUUAUACAAAAAAAAAACAAAAAAUAUUGCAAAAAAGGCAAAGGCAUAGUGAAGCGGGAAAUGAGGCAAGGCCAGCAAAACUUCCGAAGAAAAAUCGUUGUACUCUCUUUGGCGUUACUAAUGGAUUACUCCGGCAUAGGUAUAUUUAAGUAUGUAGACCAGCUCCUAUUUAAUAAACGAACCUAAAACUAAA